AUGUCUGGUCUAUUAUCUAUAUUAUUUUCCAUCUUGUUGAUUUUCUUAGUGACUAAAUGGAUGCUUAAUAAUGGUGAUUCACAUCCAUCAACAAAGAGAUUAUCAGAAUCUAACGAAUUGAGCCAGUCGAAUCAAACAAGAAAUAGAAGAAUAAAUCCUCCAGUAAACACAGCCUUGGUCCAACAAGUCCAAGCAGUGGCACCAAUCCUACACGUCGAACAAAUUAAAUAUGCUUUACGUUUAAAUCACAACAAUGUUCAUGUAGUCAUUGAAAAUUAUUUAAAUGGCGUUGAAUUUCCCUUCCCUCCUGGUUUUACACCUUCUCCAAGACCAGUAAAUUUAAAUCAUGCAAAUGUAGUUAAUGGUAAUGACAAUAAUACUGAUCCACGCAAAAUUUCUAACAUCAAACAAGAUAAUUUAUUGACAAAGUAUAAUGUAACAGAUGACAUGUUUUCCAAUGUUAUAGAAUUUGACCAUCCAAUGGAUCUGUUGCAAAGAAAACAGUACAUGAUAUAUAAGGCACGCCAGGAUAUGAAACAAAGAUUAUCUAAUAACGACCCAAAAUGGGUUUCACUAUUACAAUAA